GGGCCAGACUGGCACCUGAAGAUGCCCAAGAUGAAAAUGCCCAAGUUCAGCAUGCCUGGGUUCAAAGCAGAGGGCCCAGAAGUAGAUGUGAACCUGCCUAAGGCUGACAUUGAUGUCUCAGGGCCAAAAGUUGACAUUGAGGCCCCAGAUGUGAGCAUCGAGGGGCCAGAAGGGAAGCUGAAGGGUCCCAAGUUUAAGAUGCCUGACAUGCAUUUCAAGGCUCCUAAGAUCUCCAUGCCUGAUGUGGACUUGAAUAUUAAGGGGCCCAAAGGAAAAGCAGAUAUGGAUGUAUCAUUGCCUGAGGUAGAGGGUGAAAUGAAAGUGCCAGAUGUGGACAUUAAAGGGCCCAAAGUUGGCAUUGAUGCUCCAGAUGUUGAAGUUCAUGGCCCAGACUGGCACCUUAAGAUGCCAAAAAUGAAAAUGCCUAAGUUCAGUAUGCCUGGCUUCAAAGGAGAAGGCCCAGAAGUGGAUGUGAGCCUGCCCAAGGCUGACAUUGAUGUCUCAGGGCCAAAAGUUGACAUUGAGGCCCCAGAUGUGAGCAUCGAGGGGCCAGAAGGGAAGCUGAAGGGUCCAAAGUUUAAAAUGCCUGACAUGCACUUCAAGGCCCCUAAGAUUUCCAUGCCUGAUGUUGAUUUCAACUUAAGGGGUCCUAAAAUCAAAGGAGAUAUUGAUGUUUCAGUCCCAAAGAUUGAGGGAGAACUACAGGGUCCAGAACUGGAUGUCAAGGGCCCCAAAUUGGAUGCCGACAUGCCAGAAGUAGCUGUGGAAGGCCCAGAAGGUAAAUGGAAAAGUCCUAAAUUCAAGAUGCCAGACAUGCACUUUAAAGCUCCCAAAAUCUCCAUGCCAGACAUUGACCUUCACUUAAAGAGUCCGAAGAUAAAGGGAGAAGUUGAUGUAGAUAUUCCCAAAUUGGAAGGAGAUCUCAAAGGGCCAAAUGUGGACCUGAGUGGGCCAGACAUUGAGAUUGAAGGACCAGAAGGAAAAUUGAAAGGUCCUAAGUUCAAGAUGCCUGAAAUGAACAUCAAAGCCCCCAAGAUCUCUAUGCCUGAUUUGCAUCUUAAGGGUCCCAAACUA